AUGAAGACGCUGGACGAUCUCAUUGAGGACUCCAUGGUAGCAGGGUACGUCGACCCAAUGCUCCAGCUCGACUCGGAAGAGAACGCUCGGUUGGUGAGAAAGAUUCACUGGCACCUCCUCCCAGUUAUGUGUAUCGCGUACAUCACUCAGUCGCUGGACAAAGGUACACUCGGUACUUCAUCCAUCAUGGGCUGGCAGCAAGAUGUUGGUGCCUUCGGUCAGGAUUAUGCCCUCACCUCGACCUUUCUCUGGGCAGGUGUCAUCGUCGGCGAACCAAUCGUGAACCAGCUGAACCGACGACUUCCCGUGGCCAAAGUGCUUGGUGGAGCCAUGGUGAUGUGGACAGUGCUCAUCUUCGCGCUCGCUUUUACUAAGAACGUGCCGGGUGUAUGGGCUAUUCGUUUUCUGCUCGGCUUCUUCGAGUCGGCUUUCGCUCCUUGCCUCCUGGCUAUCACCGUUCAGUGGUACCGCAAGAAGGAGCAGCCAAUGGUCACCACGGUUUGGCAAGCGGCGUUCGGAGCCGCUCAAGGCUUCUCUUCUCUUAUGGGGUAUGCCUUUAUCCAAGUCGAUAAUACUCGCAAUCUUCGCGGUUGGCAGUGGCUCCAUAUUCUGGUGGGGAUCCUCUCACUCAGCUCAAGUCUCAUCAUCUUGGUGUUUCUCCCAGACUCACCGACCAAAGCUCGUUGGGCUACCGAAGAAGAGAAGAUCAAAUUUGUGGAGCGCGUCCGCGAGAAUGAUCAGGGUAUUCAAGCGAAGCACUGGAAAUCCGGUCAAUUAAAAGAAGCCUUCCAAGACCCACUCGCCUGGCUUCUCGUAGGAAUGAUCUUUGUCCAAACAUUGGUCAAUGGGGGUCUCUACACCUUCAACUCACUGCUCAUCAACAAGGCAUUCGGAUUCGAUGCUGCAACAGCUCAACUUCUAGGCAUCCCAUUGGCGGUCUUCACGAUUCUCUUAUACUUCCUCAUUGGCUGGGCCGUCACGAAGACCGGCCAAACCAUCUACUGCAUCAUUACAUACGUGAUCAUCAAUAUGGUCGGUUCGAUCAUUUUGAUCAAGGUCCCCCCCAGUAGCGACACCCGUGGUGGACUACUUGUCUGCUAUUACUUCAUGCAGUGCAUCCAGGCGCUCAACCCGUCCCUGUACUCUCUACUCUCGCGUAACAUCGCUGGACACACGAAGAGGUCAAUCGUAUAUGCCUUCUUCUUCGUCGCUUGGGCAGGAGGAAAUGCUGUUGGCCCUCAGCUGUUUCAGGCGAAAUGGGCGCCGAGAUACUUCAACACCCUGUACAUCCAUAUCGGCCUUUACGUGACUCUAAUCAUAGUUCUCCUAGCCAUGAGACACUUGAUUGUCAGAAGAAACGCCAAACGUGAUGCCUCCCUUGUCGGGGAGAACGUCCACGCGCACGCUUUCGAAGAUAUGACGGAUCUCCAGAACACCGAAUUCAGAUAUUCGUACUGA